AUUUCUAAGUGGAGCUGCUUUUAAGCCGACGUGCACUCCGCAUGCUGUGCCGAAGAAACGCUUGCUGUUUAGACAUUGGCGGGCAAACCACUUGAAUGGUGGCAACGCUUCUCCUUCUAGCACCCACUAUAUUCAUUUUCACUUUGUUGCAUACCCGCAGUGCCCUUUAUAUGGGCCAAUCUCGACCAUACACGUUAGCUCGCUGCGCUCAUUAGCUCAUACUUAGGAGUCAUUUUGGUUUGUGUCCGCCAGAUGCCGACUGUAGGCGAGCCCGAGCAAGCAGCACACCAAGUCCCAGAAACAAAAGCAUGGCUUUACACGUGGAUUCGCCCGAACACGAGAAGCAGCGUAGGAAACCCCCUACAUGGAUUAUUUAUUUAUUUUUUGACUAAGAGAUACAGGGCAGUAGGAAAUUUAAAUAAAUACUUAAGCUACACCCUUUCGAUUCGUGUUGAAAGUCAGUGGAAGGAAAUGGGUGUGUAAUUGAGAGAAUGUUCCAGAUUUUAAAAAUGUGUGCAACCCGAUGACUUGUCUCGGAGGGCGUCCAAUCAGACACCGAGUUUGCGAUCCAGGUGUUUUGUUAAUUAUGAAGUAGUGCUAUUAGUUUGGAGCACUGACGGACGAGCGACACGUAGUUUCCCAGUGUAAUUAUAAGAGACUAUGCCGCUGCGUAAUGCCGCAUCCUCCGAACUGGAGGCCAUUCCUUUAAAUGGGAACUACCCGGGAUUGGAGGUCCACUGUUUACACGAGUCACGUGGUCGCACUGGAAUGAACGUUUGAGUGAAGUUGCAGAAUCUCAAUUGAAUAAGGCCCUCUCCAUGAGCACUGAGUUUCAACACUACAGUUUCAGGAUGCCUAACAUUGGGUUCCAGAAUCUGCCACUUAAUAUCUACAUUGUUGUUUUUGGGACAGCAAUAUUUGUCUUCAUCCUCAGUUUACUUUUCUGCUGUUAUCUCAUUAGAUUGCGGCAUCAGGCACAUAAGGAGUUAUAUGCAUAUAAACAGGUUAUCCAAAAGGAAAAAGUGAAAGAACUAAAUUUGCAUGAGAUAUGUGCAGUUUGUUUGGAGGAAUUUAAACAGAAAGAUGAAUUGGGAAUAUGUCCAUGUAAGCAUGCUUUCCACAGAAAGUGUCUCAUUAAAUGGUUAGAGGUGAGGAAAGUGUGUCCACUCUGCAACAUGCCCGUUCUUCAGUUAGCUCAACAACAAGGUGCACAAGAACAUGGGCUACCACAGCAGCCUCUUCCAGGUGUUGAAAAUCUGGUUUAGCAGAAUGUCACACAUGCAGAAUAAAUGCAAGAACAACAUACACUAUGUUCUGAACAGCUGAGUAAUCUAUGCAGAAACCCAUGCAGUGUGACUAUACCAUUUCAUCCUGCAAAUCUCCUCAACUAUUGAAUAUUUUGGAAGUCAAGCAGUAUUGUUUCCUCAAAAGUGUGAGAGAAAUUCUCUUAAUACAGCUGCUUUUUUUGUUUGUUUUGUUUUAUUCUUUAACACAACCAAAGCACUUUUUUUUUCUUUUGGGACACCAGCAUAACAAUAUAUAUUUUAUUUUGUAUAAAGCACUUUAUUAGGUUUUAGUACUAAAUGCUUAUGAACAUAGCUGGCAAGGUCAUUUUGUAAUAUAUUAUGUUUAUAGUGUAUACAUUUUAGCAGUAGUUGAUUGUGUACAGUGCCACAGCGGUUGUAUGUUUUAAAGGGAUUCUAGUCUUCUAAAGCAGGAGUUAAAUGUUGGGAAAUAAUAUCUACUUGAAGCUCAGUUUUGAGUGACAGCAAGUCAUUGUUUAUAACAAAACCAUAUUGUGCUAAUUAAUAUAGCUGUAUAUGAAUAUUCUUUAUUUUUCCACACUUUCCUUAACUUAUAUAUGUUAUGAACUUUUAUUUGGCAGUACACACCCUUUGUUUUCAAAAUUAAUAUUGAUGUACUUGAUCCAAGUAUAGCAAUAUUUUUGCAUUAAAAUAACCUUCAACUUUUAAGAUCAUGAAAACUGGAGUAGUGGAUGGGGUUUUAGUAUAUAUAAACAUGCUUUGUACCUGCAUGGUGGUUUACUUUUCCUCAACUAUACAACCACAUGUUUAACUACAUGAAAAUUUUUUAUUUAUCUUAACAUAUCCUCAGCUUCAGGAUUACCAACUUCUCUCUCUUAUUGUGACCAGUGAAUAUAAUUGUACAGGAAAUAAUUAGUAUUCACUGAUACUACAGCGACAGAGAUUUACAAAUUGUCAGGAAAAAACAAAAAUAUUUAAUCGAUAGGGUUAAUUAGACAAUUUUACAGAGCACACCAAAACUCAGCCUCAAACCUGAAAUUUUAAAAUUUGAAAUAAGUAUUUCUGUUGGGGAACGUGAAGUAUUUCCUUUAUUGCUGAUAUAGAUUAGAUAAAUCCCAAACUGAAUAUAUGCUUUGGCCUCCCUAAAAACCAGUGCAAUACUGGCACAUAUUCACGUCAUGACAUGACAUAGUGAACGUGAAAUAUAAAUAAGAAUCCAUUCCAAUAAAACAAAUGCUAAAAACACACCAAAGUGAAACGUAAAUUGUUUGAGAUCCUCACACAGCCACUUAACAGUGUGUCACUGCUCCUUAAAGACAGUCAAGUAGGGAUCAUAUUUUUACAGCUCUUACAUGCAUGGUUUCUCUGAUUUGGUUAUAACUGGGGUAUUAUUAGUGGUUUGUUAAAAAUUGAUCAGCAUGCCAGAUAAUUACCCAGUGAUGCUUGCUGUUCAGAACAACCACACAGGUAGCAUUUAAAUUGUAGAGUGAGACUGCUUAAAGAUUCUGUAUUCAUCCCCAGAGAUGAGAUGGUAUGGUAUGGAACGGAACUGUGUGAACUGUAGGUGCCUAGUGAAGUAGUUUUACAUAUUCAAAAGUAUUAUCUUAUACAAAGAUUCACAUACACUAAAUAAUAUAUACAGUAAUCCCUCCUCGAUCGCGGGGGUUGCGUUCCAGAACCCCCCGCGAUAGAUGAAAA